GAAAAAGGGUGGUUGUUUUUCUUUGGGGGGGUGAUGCCCCAAAACUAUUCACACAGUCCAAAAAGGUAUCACGCGUUUUUUUGAACUUCAUGAAUACCUCUUCGACGGUGCGGUUGUAGCCAUGCAUUUUUAAAUGCGCUGCUACCUCUCUAUGCACUUGAAGAAUGGGCAUAGAACGGGACCUCAUGAGCAUCUUUAACUUUCCGCUCCCCCUAACACUUCUCAGGAGCAAAUCUAUCUCCUUAUUUGCCCACGUGGAACCCUUCCUACGCGCCAUCACUGCUUCCCAGGAACUUCGGCCACUCUGCAAAGGUCCAGCGGGGAGAUGGAUUUGCGACGUCAUCACUGUGCAGGGAUUCUUGGCGCCAAAACAUAGACUUGCGCCCUCUAGUGCUUUUACUGCAGAGCCGGGAGUUUGGGAGUGGAGAGAGCCAGCAGCAGCAGCUAGGUGAUACUGCAAACGUUUGAUUCACAACCUCUAUAAUUAGAUUGCAGACUUAUUUUAUAUUUGCUGUCAUUGGGAAAGCCAUGGAUAGCCAUCCAGUGACCGAAAGUGGUGCCUCCACGCAAGCAAGGGGGAGGGUGUGGAGUGCCAAUGAAGUUUUGGCCUUAUUGGAAAUAUGGAAAGAACAAAAAUUGCAAAACAAAUUAAAAAAGAAUUAUAGAAAUUUGGAUAUUUUUAAGGUUGUAUCUGAUGAAAUGGCAAAGAGAAACCAUGUCAGAUCUGCCGAGGAAUGCAGAAGCAAAUCCAAAAAAAUGAGAUUUGAGUAUAGAAAGGUUGUGAAACAUAAUCAGAGAAGUGGAAGCAACCCUAUUACAUGUCCCUUUUAUAGGGAACUAGAGGAAAUCUUUCAUGGGGAUGUUAGCAUCACCCCUCAUAGGUUAUCCCGAAGUCUUCAUUUUGAAAGGGAGGGUGAAACCACAAAUGUGACUGAGGAAACCGCAUCCACCUCCAUGGCUAACACAGGCGAUGGAGGCACCCAGGAAACAACUACCAGAGAAGACAGUGAUGAAGAUUCUGAUGACACUUGUCUCGAUGACACAAUCAUAAGUAUACCUUUCACCAUUUUGGAAAGUGGACCUACGCAAAUAGCAGGUGCGACUGGAGAACAAUUGGGAGACUUGCAAAGACGUGCAGAUGAUACAAGCGGUGGAACUGAUGCACGUAACGAUCCCGAUGAGGAACAGGAACAACCCAAUGUAUUGCUGUCUCCUGGAACAAGACUCCGAUCAAACAGGAACAGGAAUCGUCGCGCCAGAAGAGGAGAACAUAUUGCGCGCACUAUAAUGCAGAGUGCUAGUCGAGAGGCCCAACUUACCCGGAGAACACAGGAACGGUUCAUGGAGAUUGUACACGACAGCAUGAAAGACUGUAGGAGGACAGAAAUGGAACUUGUAAAUAUUAUGAAGGAAGAUGUAAGGAGAAGUGCACAGGACAGACAGAGAAUGUUGCAGUACAUGGAGACCAUGACUGAACUGUACCGGAGGAAAGUUGAUCAUGAAUGUUCACUUCCAACGGGGCAACAUGUUACUAUCGCCCAAGGAACCAUGCACACAUCAUUCAGGGCAUCUCCGGGUGAUAUUCCUCCCUCAACACCAGGCCCAGCUGUCUGUACAGAUUUCCAGGAGCAACCAUCCCCAUCGUAUGUUGGUGGGCAAUGUCAAGGGAACAAUUCCCCUGAACUCUUUGAUGAACUUCCUCCUGCUUAUGCUCCUGAUGGUUGUCCUGUCACUCCCACUAGUAACAUUAUUGAUGAUGACAACACAUUAGAGAACAUCAACAGGGAUGUUCAGAAUGCUGUGGAAGUCACUGAUCCCCUUCAGAAUGAAGGCUGCAUUGGAACCGUGCAAUGUGAGAGCAAUGCUGGAACAUCUUCCUUGCAAUGCGCUGUUGCACCUCAACAAAAACAAAAUAAACCAUGCAGUUCUCGUACUGGGAGGAUAAUCAAGAAAAAAAAAAUAUUUUCCCCAUAAGGGAAAACAUUUAUAGGGAAAAGGUUAUGUUUUGAAACCGCAGAUAUGUUUCAGCAUUCAAUGUUUACCCUGUUAUGUGCCCGAUAAGGAGGGACUGUAACCAUUUCUCCUUGAACCAAAUUAAAGUUUAGUUUUCAUGUUAAGGAAAACGUUUGUAUGUCACCAUGUGCAUAUGGAUAUGUUCUGACAUAAUGUAUAUACAGUUUAUAUAAAAGCCUGCUUUGUUUACAUAAUGGAAAACAAGUCAACAGACAGUUUUUUUUGUAAAGAAAAAAGAUAUUUAAUCGUGUUUAAAAAUGUUAAGUUAUAUUGUUGACAAAAUACAGCUGUGUUCUCUGAAA